AAGGUUUAUGGUUGUAUCAUAUAGGUGGAUACUUUACACUGGUUGAACGUGUAAUAAAAUCAUCCAUAUUACAUGGAUGGACUAAUUGCUUUGAUGGUCUUAAGCUGGUGAACACAGCGUUUUGUUCAUUGCAGACAAUAAUGUACAUUUAUUUUAUUUUUCUUCAAACGCAUCAGUUUUAUUUUGAACAGCAUUGUGGACUCAUUUGUAAUGCCUGUUUGCUUUCAAAUACAGAACAAGAAUUUACAAUCUUUGAUGUAUUGUAGUUCUUCAUAGAGUGUAUUCACGUGAGCAUGAGGGCGAGGGGAAUGGAAAUGGCCAGCAAGGACUGUGUGAAAGUGGCAGUCCGGGUCAGACCCUUCAAUAAGAGGGAGCGGGAUGCAGGUAGUCGCUGCAUUAUCUCAAUGACCUCCAACAAUAUCAGUAUUCAAGACCCUCGCAAUCCGCAGAACAGCCGCACAUUCACUUUUGACUUCACUUACUGGUCUCUCAGUGGCUUUAGUAGGAAUAAAGAUGGUCUGUUCGUACCUGAGGAGACAGGUGGGCGCUACGCUGACCAGGCGAGUGUGUUUCUGGAUUUGGGGCAGGGCAUCCAUGAUAACGCACUGCAGGGCUACAAUGCCACAUUACUGGCAUAUGGUCAGACUGGAUCUGGGAAGAGCUACUCAAUGGUUGGUUAUGGUCCUAACAAAGGCCUUAUCCCCACCCUCUGCGAGAGACUGUUUCAAUCUAUCAAGAGCAUGCAAGAUAGCAGGCAGUGUCAGGUAUUCUUCAGCAUGUUGGAAAUCUACAACGAACAGGUUGUAGACCUUCUAUCAAAGACCAGCCGAUCUGCGGGUGGUCUUCGGGUGCGAGAGGACCAGCAGAGGGGCUUCUACGUGGAGGGGCUGAGGCGGGUGCCCUGCGACAGUGCAGCACAGGUGGAGCAGCUGAUGGAGCAGGGAACACGCACACGCACCACGGUGGCCACACACAUGAACGCCAACAGCAGUCGCUCGCACAUGCUCAUCGUCAUCCAGCUCAAACAGGUGUCCAUUCUACCAAGCAUAUCUCACGCUAGUCUGAAAAUGUCUUUACUGGCAUUGUUUACACAUGGCAUUAACCUGCAAUCACUCAUUCAGAACACAGCCUAUUUACUUGCAUUCAUCCACAUCAAUAACCUUUUAAGUGCUCUAGCAGACAUGGCUCUUGGGAAGAAAGUAGUUCACAUCCCUUAUAGAGACUCUGUCCUCACCAAAUUACUGCAGUCUGCUCUUGGUGGUAACAGUCGAACCGUCAUGAUUGCAACCUUGAGCGCUGCAGAUAUUUGCUAUGAAGAGUCUCUUUCUACUCUUCGAUAUGCAGAGAGGGCCAAGCGGAUCCAGAAUAAAGCUGUGGUGAAUGAAAGUCCCACAGAACGACUAGUGAAGGAACUCAAGGCAGAAAAUGCAAAACUACUUUUGAGACUAAGCCGACUGGGCCAAGAAGGCCGUAAAGCUGAUGAUGAGACAAAGGAGCUGCGGCGAUUGUUGACUCAUAAUGAGCUGCAGAUUCGAGCCAUUCAGACGUUGUGGGAACAACAUCUCCAAGAGGCCCUAAAAGACUGGGAGACUCAGUAUGCAACUAUAACACAGGUAUGGAUGUGGUCCAAAGCCAAAUUCGUCAACCGUAAGUUUCUGAUGGAGGAGGUGUACCAGCAGCAGGUGGUAGGAGGAGAGGGGGCAGACCGAGCUCCUCUUCCCAGGGACAGAGAUCCGUUCUGGGAUCCUCUGGAGCCCCUGCACCUGGGCAGCGCUCACUUGUGGCUGCAGUCCCUGGCGUUCCGCAUCCCUCUGGAGGAGCAGGUGGAAGUGGUGGGUCCGGAAGGAACAGAGGAGGCCAUACUGCAGGCACAGCUAAUGCCCUGCAGCCCAACAGGAUUGCCCCUGGGAGAAGACGACAUCCUUAUUGACCCGUCAGAGCUGCUUGGGAAACGACUGGACUUUCAGCUGGUUGUGGAUCAGUGCUGUGGCCUACGCUGGGUUAAAGAGGCCCGGAACCGAGGCGUGCAGAUCGGGUUUCAGGUGUUUGACUGCCCGCAGCCUCUCUACACUCCAGCGGUGUGGCACAACGUGAACCCGCUCUUGGAUCACAGAGUCCAGUUCACUGCUCUAAGAACCUCUCAGGAACUGCUCAACUUCCUGCAGAGCAAUGCCCUGGUGCUGGAGCUGUGGGGCCUGCAGGAAGGAUGUUCUGAAUUAGUCUCUUGUAUGGAUGGAGUGAAGAUGACUCAAGAGGACAGCAUUAUUAUUGACAAGAUUAGUGCAUCAGAACACUUGACUGCAGAAACUGGUGGCUCUGACCUCGGCUCAUCUCUCCGAGCCCUUCAUCAGGACUUGGAACAGCUGAGAAAUUCUAACGCAGCACUAAAGAAAGAAAACAGUGCUCUGAGAGAGCAACUUAACUCAGCCAGAAAUGGUGUGGAGAAUAACCGCGGUCGGCAGGAACGCAGAGGCAGUCUGAGGCCCAGCUGUGAUGCUGAGUUUGCCAAAGCCUUAAAAGUGUUCUACCACAGCAUGACCUCUGUUAGGGGGCAACUUCAGCGGCUGCGCAGACACAAACCCAGUGAGGAAGCAGACCUGCUGGGUCUCAGACUGUUUGUGGAUGAACAUACGUAUCUCCUGAAAGACUUUUCUGAACAGUUGGAACAGUGCGUCACCACUCUCAAACAAGAUGUGGCUGCCAUUGUACGUCGAAAGCGAGAAAAGUCUGGGAUUUGGUCCUGAUACGCCUAUUAAAUCAAACAUCCUGCUGCAUGAACUUGUACAAUUAUAAGACUGAAUCUUGAUUGAAGCUUGAUAAAGUACUAGAUUCACGAAAAAUACUUAAUGUUUGCAUUUUUUUGCAUUUGGUCUUCAGAGUACAUUUAGAAUAGGACACUACCUAUUAUUUUGAAAUGGUUAAAUGCAGUAUGUACCAUAUAUUAAA